AUGGGUGUGACCGUUUUAACGGGUGUUUUAUUGGAAAAAACGGGUGUUUUUGAAACCUUGACCCUAACCAACUUAUAUCCACUUCCCACUUCCCACUUCCCAAUCUCCAUUCAAGAUAAUAACACUCCUAGUACUAGUAGCUGUAGAAGAAGAAGAAAACCCAUUUCUUUGUCUUUUCACACUAAAGAUAACUCAGAUCACUACUAUAAAAUCCCUAAUUCCCAAAACCAAAACACACUCCUUUAUUAUUUAACAAAAACCAUAUUUUUAUUCAAGAAUAACAAGGAGGGAGGGAAUCAGACCCCAGAAGAAGAAGGAGGAGGAGGAGACAAAGGGGUCAAGGAACAAGAGAGUUGUGAAAAAUUGGGGGUUGUGAAGAUGUGGUGGACUAAUUUGAAGGCAAUACUAGGGCAAAGAUUGAAUAUUGAAGGAAUUACAUCAUUUGUGAAUGUUGUGACAAAAGAUAGAAAUCUUGGCAUUCCACACAUCACUGUGGAAGAUAUAAGAUGGAUUGAUUGGGGAGAAAUGAAAAAAAGAGGUUUUAAAGGUGUUGUGUUUGAUAAGGAUAACACUCUAACACUUCCUUAUUCACUUUCAUUGUGGUCUCCUCUUGAAACUUCGUUGGAUCACUGCAGAUCUGUUUUUGGUGAUAAUGUUGUUGUUUUCAGUAAUUCUGCUGGGUUGCGACAAUUUGAUGCUGAUGGUACCAAAGCUAGAGCUGUUGAGGAAUCUAUCGGAGUUCAUGUUUUAAGGCAUUCUGUUAAGAAACCUGCUGGUGACGCCAAAGAAAUUGAAAAAUACUUUGGUUGCGGGACUUCUCAACUUCUCAUGAUUGGUGAUCGACACUUUACAGAUGUUGUUUACGGGAACAGAAACGGAUUUCUUACUAUUUUAACGAAGCCCCUUAGUCUUGUUGACGAACCUUUCAUUGUUAAACAGGUCAGGAAACUUGAAGGUUAUUUUGUGAACUAUUGGUAUCAAAAAGGGUUGAAGCCAAGCAAUCAUAAUUUACUUCAAGAAGCACUUCUAUGUAAGAAGCGACCGCCACCUUUGUGAGAACACAUUGGGAUAUUAUACACUUAUGCAAAUUGGUUGUUCUGUUUCUCAAAUGAAAAACAGAAAGUUAGCAUGGCAAAGAUACCGAAGAGAAUACUCGCAGAGAAGGAUAUGUAAGUUGUCGAGUUCGAUUUUUUAUUUUAUUUUUAUUACAUCAAAUUUGAAAUUUCUAAGAAAUAUAACUUUUAAUGGAAACAAUUUUUGUAACAUACAUUUUAGAUUAAUUUUCAGUUGUGUCAUCAAUAAAUCAAAUACUGAACCUUGCAAUUGCAA